CCUCUUCUACUGAGCUUCGUGCACCGUAUCUAAACCCCUUCUCUUAAGUGUAACACUGCAGCAUCUUCAAAAGUCAUGCUAAAGUUUGCUCUCCCAGUGAUUCUGACCUUCUUAGGCAUAGCGAGAAGCGUAUCCCAGCAAGAUGCUCAGUCACCUCGAUUGGUCAUGUACUAUGAUCAAUGGCAUCCGAAUGCCUCGAUGGAUUUGAUAUGUUCCAAAGGAGUCACGCAUGUUAUAUUGUCGUUCAUGCUAAGCCACCACCUUAACAACGAAACAUUCGAUCCACUGUGGACGGCUAAUGAACCUGGCCAUAAAUGGCAUGUCAAUGCAUUGAAAAGCCUGAAAGUGAAUUGCCCCGAUGUCAAAGUCAGUCUUGCGGUUGGCGGAUGGAACGACGACCCCGAAAUCGGUUGGCGGAAGACCAUAGAGAGCGACGCUAAUCUGUCUUUGUUCGUACAUAAUCUCCACAGAGUUCUCUAUGGCGAUUUCCCCAUAUUCGAAAACCAUCAAUUCGAUGGAGUUGAUAUCGACUGGGAAUAUCCAGGCGGGAAUGCUGUUGACUACAAGAGUAACCCACAGGCCGCAGACCGUUUGCUCGGCGAAACGGACGGUUACGCCAAGCUUCUUCAGGCUAUUCACGCCGAUCUAUCACCAGACGGAAAACAUUUGUCCAUUGCAGUUCCAGGAAGGCCUAGUGACAUGCUCGUCUUCGAAGACAGUGCCAAGGCUAAAACGAUAUUUGAGUCCGUGGACUUCGUCAAUCUAAUGACAUAUGACCUUUACAAUCGACGAGAUAACAUCACCGCCCAUCACUCCUCGGUGGAAGGCACCUUGGCUACGGCGAACGCAUAUCUCGAAAAGGGACUACUUCCGGGCAAGAUCAAUCUCGGGUUUGCACUGUAUGCUAAGUGGGCUCAUGUAAGCGGCAUCUGUACUAAGCUGGGUGGGCUUGGCUGCGAUACGUUUGCCCUGGAAGACAGCCAAGGAGCAGAUACCUUUCAAUCCGGCUCCAUGACUUUCGAAAUGAAGAACACGUUAGACGUCCCUCAGAGCUUCUCUGUGCCGGAUGGUGGUCGCUGCGGCCCCGGUACUGGAGCCAAAUGUAGUCCGGGCUUCUGCUGCUCCAGCAAGGGCUGGUGUGGCGACACUCCCGAGCACUGUGGCUAUGGUAGAUGCAAUCCUCCAUAUAGCGGCUCCGACAGCUGCCAAGGUCCUGACCUCUGGAAAUCCUGGAAAGCCGCGCUCGCAGAUCCUAUAGACGACAGUCAUGCUGGUGGAUACACCUACUUUGAUCCGACUGAUGCUCUAUUCUGGACGUGGGACCCAAUAAAGUAUGUGCAGCUAAAGAUAGAUCGCAUAGUAAAAGACAAAUGCUUAGGUGGCGCGAUGGCGUGGAGUUUUGGAGAAGAGAAUGCAAGUCUACCGGACCAUAUCUCGGCCCUAAGCAACUGACGCCGUCGACAAAUCCUUCUAGUAUCAGUCAGGUUGGUCAACCAACAGGCGUUGUAGUAAACGUAAACGCCGGCAGCGAGCCACUACAGCCUUCACCGUCGAAAGAGUACCAGAUGGUGGAGUCGUAGACUUGGUGGUUACCCUAACAGCAGAUUUUACGCCGCCUCCUGUGGUCACCAUCGUAACUUGGAUAACGCAGGUGGGCUAGCUUUGCAUC